CCAUGGAAAGAAACAACACCAGAUUACUUUUGGCAUUCAUGGAGCAGCUGAACACAGUGGACCAUCGCUUUUGAGCUUGGGAAACAAGCACUGAUUGGUGGAAUCACAUUGUUAUGCAGCUCCAAGAUGACGAGCAGUGGGUGCAGAACUUUCAGAGGCAGAAAACCACCUCCCUGGAACCAUGUACAGAGCUCACCCAGCCCUGCAAUGCAAGGACACCAAAAUGAGAGCUGCUUUCUCAGUGGAGAAGUGCGUGGCAAUUGCAGUGUGGAAGCUGGUGACCCUGGACUGCUACCAAUUGGUCGUGAAUCAGUUUGAGGUCGUGAAGUCGAUAUCAGGGGCUGUGUUAAUGCAAGUAUGCAGGGCCGUUAAUUGAAUCCUGCUACGAAGGACCAUGACUCUUGGCAAUGUCCUGGCCAGUGCUCAGAGUCAAGGUCUCCAUCAGCUUCCAGCCCCCCACAAUCCCCACCUCAGCCUUCGACUGCCAGGGGCAGCAGCAGCUCAACACAGAGGCAAGCAGGGCAGAGGUCUGCUUCACCAUCACAAAGAGCACCAGGGACAGCCUAGGUGACAGGAUCUUCAACACCAUCCAGUACAGCCUGGCCCUGGACCCUGGGCAGAUGAAGAUCCGAGCUGACUUCGACUCCACUGGCCCCAUCCUGAGCAGGGAGCUGUAGCUUGGCAUCAAGAUGAGAUGUGAGAAGUACUGGAUAACA